UGUGAAAGAUUCAGUUUGUCGCGGGAUAGCUUGAAAUAAACAACAUGCAAAAUUGUACCGUUUUAUUUCAUUGUGGUCGUUUAUCUAAGUUAUUCAGUAUUUCAUUUUGUUUCUAGUUUGGACACUGUUAAGAGACUUAAUUUACGUCAUUAAGUAACUAGCUACUAGUAGCGUUUGGUUUCUCAAGCUGGCUGAAUACGAUAUUAUGGCUCGACCAACAAGGUGUGUAACGUUCGUGUAAGAGCCAAGAACCAAUUGAAUUACUCAGACUUGAUGGAGCUUGAUGAUGAUGAAGAUUUUGCCUGUAUGAAAGGGCCUUCCAGCAAGAAAGCUCGGGUCCUUGUCAAAGAACCACAGAGAGACAAGGGUCUGCAUCAAUCAAGCAAAUCUUUCGAACUUCAUGAGGUCACAAGUGAGAGGGGAUCCAAUGUCAACCCCUCCAGCCAGAGAUGGGCAGCUGUCAAAGCUAAAGAUCAACAGAGAUCCAUACUGAAAGUGGAGAGGAUCAGCCAGGUUGAGAGUGGGCGGGAGGAUAAGGAUUACCAGCCUACCUGCAUACCACAGAGUUGUAGUCCGACUCCAGCAACAUCAAAGCCUGUGUCAACUCAGAGGAAGCUUGCUGACACUCCCACUUUACCUGUUAGAUCAUCCCCUAUCAGCCCAGUAGGUGGCAGGCUUCUAAAGUGGAAUCCACCUGCACAGAGUGGAAUAAGUCCCAACUCAACCCCGAAUUCCACCACAAAGUCUCCGGGACAAGGCUUGCGACUGGGAUUGUCCCGCUUAGCAAGGGUCAAACCUCUGCACCCCACUGCUAGUGGUAACUGACUCUUGCCCUAUUAAACAGAGUGAAGUCAGAAUAUCUUUUUCUUUGGUGUACUGUGUGUUUAGCCUGUUACUCUUGUGUUGCAUUGCUAAUAUUGGAGUUCUGUAAUCAUUUUUGUUCAAAUGUUGUAUCUAGUGAUUGCUAUUUAUCAAAAUGUUUAUUUUUUAAACAUUUGUUUCUUACCAUGCCUGCAAUUGUCCAGUAUUUUUUGUCAUAUUUAACAAGUGUUUGAUACUUUGCAUACAGGUGUAAUUUUUUUGGUGGUACGGUAUUUACUCUGGAUCUAACUCGGAUUUCACUAAUGUCCAUCAUGUUUAUUUCCAUUCUCAGACUAGAAGUUUGCUUGAUUCAGCUAUCCCCCUGCUGGAACAUUAAUUUAAUGUUUCCCAUUGAAGCAAACACUGAGGAAUAAAGAAAGGGAUAUUUCAAAAUCUUCUGGAACUGUGAACAGUAGCUAGGUUUCCAUCCAAUUGGCAAGAUAUUGUCAUGUGAAUAUUCUAGAAUCUGCAUAAAUAAAAUGUACCCACCAGUGGUACAGUAUGUUUCUACCAAAUGGACUUGAUGUGGAUAAAAAAAAACUUGUGAUGACAGAUUUUUUUUUCCCUCAGUCUACACCCAAUAUCCCAUAAUGACAAA